CAAAAUAAUCAGGUGUAAAUAGUUUCUAUUGUUUUGAAUAGGAUUAGGUACAAAUAUUUAAAAAAUUCGAAGAGCAAAAUAAAUUUUGUAACCGCCUUUUAUUCAACUAUAAUCAAAUUAUGAAAUUUUCACAUUUGUUAAAUUUAAAAAACAAUUUGCCUAAUUUAAAAUCGAUAAUGGAAUUUGUACCGCAUCAUAAACCAGUACAAGAAAACGAAAUCAAAAUGUUAGAAGAGUUUUUGAUGCCAAGACCAAACAUAUUGGUUUUAACUGGAGCUGGAAUUUCCACAGAAUCAGGAAUUCCAGAUUACAGAUCAGAAGGAGUUGGUCUUUAUGCAAGAUCAAAUCACAAACCUAUCCAACAUCCGGAUUUUGUAAAAUAUGAAUCAGUACGUCUUAGAUAUUGGACAAGGAAUUACGUUGGAUGGCCAACAUUUUCCGCUAAAGAACCAAAUUCUACGCAUCAUGCAUUAUCUCGUUUUGAACGUGAAGGUCGAAUACUGGGCAUCGUUACUCAAAAUGUGGAUCGAUUACAUGGAAAAGCUGGUUCGAAAAAUGUAAUUGAGAUUCAUGGCUGUGGUUACGAUGUUAUAUGUCUUUCAUGUGAUUAUCGUAUCGAUCGACAUGAAUUUCAAAAUAUUCUAAAUACACUGAACCCAGAGUUUCAUUUUAAGGCCCCCACAAUGAUGAGACCUGAUGGCGAUGUUGACAUACCACAAAAAGAAGUGGAUUCUUUUAAAAUACCACCUUGUCCAAAGUGCGGUGGUAAUCUUAAACCUGAAAUUGUUUUCUUUGGAGAUAAUAUACCUUUAGAAAGAGUAGAAAGAGUUUCUGAAAUGGUCUGUCAAAGCGAUGGAGUUUUAGUAUUAGGUUCGAGCUUAUUAGUUUUUUCUGGUUAUAGAAUAAUAUUGCAAGCUAAAGAUUUGCAAUUACCUGUUGCUAUCGUAAACAUUGGUGAAACAAGAGGUGAUCACUUAGCGGAUAUUAAAAUUUCUGCGAAGUGUGGUGAUAUUAUACCUAAAUUAUUCAAUUUUAUGUAGAUAUAUUCAUUGUUCAUAUUAAAUAAAAUAGUUUUAAAAAAAU